CUGGCAGCAGAGUGUCAGCAUGCCGGCCACCCCGGUGUUUUGGUGCCUUUCAAAUGCGACUUGACCAAAGAGGAGGAGAUUCUGUCAAUGUUUGCAGCCAUCAAACAGCAGCACAAAGGCGUGGAUGUGUGCAUCAACAAUGCUGGCUUAGCUCACCCAGAGCUGCUGCUAAAUGGCAAAACCAGCAGCUGGAAGAACAUGAUGGAUGUAAACGUUCUUGCAUUGAGUAUCUGCACACGUGAAUCAUAUCAGUCAAUGAGAGAGAGAAAUGUGGACGAUGGGCACAUCAUAAACAUAAACAGUUUGUGCGGUCAUCAAGUCUUUCCUAAUGCUGAUGUACAUUUCUACACUGCCACCAAGUAUGCCGUAACCGCUCUGACUGAGGGUCUGAGGCAGGAGCUGCGUGCAGAAAAAACUCACAUCCGAGCCACAAGUAUUUCUCCUGGUGUGGUCGAGACAGAAUUUGCAUCACGGCUCUACAGGGACAAUUCAGAUAAAGCAGCUGCUGUAUACACUGAAUAUAAGUCUCUGAAAGCAAGAGAUGUUGUCAGUGCUGUGACAUACGUGCUCAGUGCCUCUCCUCAUGUUCAGGUGGGAGAUAUUCUUCUUGAAGGUCUGUAGCAAAUGAACCAGAGUUUAUUACUCUGGCAACCCCAGCACAGGGACCCAGUCUUCACAUUAAAGUGGUGUGAUUGGCUGACUACUGACUACUCAACACUGCAAAAUUGUAAUCAAUUCACAGAAGAUUGAAAAAAUUGAAACUUCUCAAGUUGUUAACUGAGUUCUUCUCAAAUCCUCCCCUGCUACCUUUAUACAACUGCCCCUACUGGCCAACCCAGAUAUACCCAUGAAAGCAUUUUGAUUAUCAACAGUUUUCUUCUUACUAUCCACGGGUUUCUGGAAGAGCACACGUAGGCUGCCAUGACAGACUGCUACUAAAAUUCGGUUACUUUGUGCUGUAACAGGCAGCUUUAUUAGUUGGAACA